AUGACAGGCAACUCGGCGACGUCGACAGCAACCUAUAUUGAGGAGACCACAGACCAAGAAGGCGCCGGUUUUGCACAGACUUACCUGACACCCGGAGCCGGUGUGCUGUAUGCUCUGCUGAACACAGUUCUGUCCGCCACCGCGUCACAGUUUAUGUCCCUGGGUAGCCAGGCAGGCAUACCUGGGCUGCAGCUGAUGUUCCUCACCAAAUUUGGGGAGACCCUCGCUGUUUUGCUUUUCCUGCCCUUCUUUAGACCAAAACUAACAACUGAAAACGGACGACAAACUCUACUCAUGGUGCUGUCGACCAUUACGGAGAACCUUGGAGCUAUCUUCCAGUAUAUGUCCUUCGUCUUCGUUGUCCCUGGAAUCGCCUUCGGCAUCAUAAAAGGAUCAAUGCCUUUGGCUUCGGCCUGUCUUAGCUUUUUGUUCUUGGAGGAAACUGUGGGCGUCGUGGAUUGUUUCGGAAUCGUUCUCAACGUAGCCGGUGUUGUAGUAGUCGCAUAUGGAUUAAUUACGGAGAACACUUCGUCCACGCAGCGUCUGACGGCGUCCAUUCUCCUUCCCUUGGCAGCAACAUUCGGUAGAGCUCCAAGUCUGGUCAUCGCGCGGUCGCUUAUCGGUGUACAGAAGGUCUCCGUUCUAACCGUUCUCUUCUACGCCAACCUGCCAGGAGCGGUCGUGCUACUCGGACUGACGUACUUGUUUGAGACCCCGAUUUGGGCGAUGUCGGCACAGACAGUGGGUUAUGUUAUCGGACUGUGCCUGUGUGUCUGCGGCUCGCAUUUUGCUACAAAACUGUCCCUGAAGACGGAAAAGGCGGGGAUCACUGCCACCAUCAAGACUUUCACCAUACCGCUCACAGUGCUGUUGGACUACGUCGUUCUAUCGGAGUUGCCCAGUCCGCUUAAGUCUGGCGGUGUUGUACUCAUAAUGUUCGGUACCGGUGUAGUGACGGUGUAUACAUGGUGGAGGCAUCGCAAAGAAACUCUUCACAAAAAUUUCAUGCAGAGCUUGGACUUUGAUAAGUAAGGAAAACGUGUUAUUGUAUAAUGUAUGGAAUAUGGUGUACAGGGUACAAUGUAUGGAUACAAUUACUCUCCUAGACUUAAUAACAUUAUGACAUGUGCUAGACUAAAUAAAAUUAUGACAUAUGGUCACUAGAAUUCCACGAUCUCAUACCUUGUCCAACAUUUGUCGUUAAGUUUUACUCC